AAACGCAACACGUACUGACGUAAAAACAGGAAGUUAUUUUGUAGUCGCAAAGGUCAAACGCGCAGGUACGGGAUUUAAAUGUAUUUUCAUUAACUCAUAGAAAGCGAGAAAAGAUACUUUUGCAAUUUGAAGAUGGCCCAUCGGAUUUUCUUACGGAGGAUUGUAUCUCUGUCCUGCAGAGAGUUGCCAGGCAUCUCACAGUCUCAUUUCUCAGGACUACGUCAGAGUUUAACAACUUUGUGUAACCACAGUUCAACAGUAUCUUCUGCUCAGAACUCUCUUCUUCAUUCCUCAAGAAUGUUUUUCACAUCUGCUUUUUGCAGGGAUUCCUUCAUUGUCCAGGAUGGAGCUGAUUUUAAUGAGAGAGUGAUAAAUAGUGACAAACCUGUUGUGGUGGACUUCCAUGCAGAUUGGUGUGGUCCUUGCAAAAUACUUGGUCCUAGAUUGGAAAAAGCUGUAGCUAAGCAGAACGGAAAGGUGACUAUGGCCAAAGUUAACAUUGAUGAUCUUACAGACCUUGCUUUUGAAUAUGAGGUCUCUGCAGUCCCAACAGUAAUAGCAGUGAAGAAUGGAAAUAUCGUGGACAAGUUUGUUGGAGUUAAAGAGGAAGAUCAGUUAGAGGCUUUCAUCAGGAAGUUGAUUGGUGGUUGAGGAGGAAAAAAAAAGCAAGGAUACCAGGAUCAUGUUUGUUUCAGUUGCCUACAUUUUGCAUGUUGUGAUUUACACUACACUCGAAUACUUCCUUUCUCUUAGCAUUUCAUAACUGUACAUUUACUAAUCUGCCAUUGAUGGGCUUUUCAGUAUUUACAUUGUGUAGGGUCUUGAAAUAUGUGUAGUGUUGCAAAGGUGACUACUUGGUCGGACUUCAGGGUUGCAGUAUGUCUUUAUAUUUGUGUGUACAAAAAUAGCUUUGUUUUUUCACAAUAAAUUAAGAUGCUGCAUAAUCUUCUGAGUUGCAGUACAUCAGCAUAUUUGUAUGUGUAAAAAAAAAAAAAAACUGCCCAUUAAUUAAUAUGCUAUGUAGUCCUGGUUUCCUUUCUUUGGUCACUUUCUGUAUAUUUGCCCUGAUGUACAGGAUACCUAUGUAUGCUGAACAUACUUGCCUUCUUUUGUUUAAGGGUGUCAGGUACUGAAAAAAAAAGAUGGUAAAGUAUUUGGGUAUAUUAUCCUCAUGAUCAACAUCUAGUUUGAAAUUUUUGUUAACUAAAAUGUGAUUGUUAGUAUGUCUAGUUUAGUUUGUCAAGAAUAUUUUUUGAGUGCCAUCUGUUUUUUUUGGUUUCCCAGCUUACAUGCUGCUAUCCAGUAGCCUUCCUUUUAAACCUCUACUUCACUGGUUUGGUUAAGAAGGCAAGGCACACUUUUGUAUCACGUUUAUCAUUCAGAAUGUUUUGAUGCACAGCUUAUGCUUUUCAGUGGAGGGGAUGGGGGUUAGGGUAACUCCUUAGUGUUCAUCUUUUCUGUCCAGGCAGCAGGUGGCACUGUUUCAUAACAGAAAGAAGUAUAGCAGCAUAAAGUGCAUAUUGGUUGUCAUGUAAUACUGGUCAUAUGGAAACUUUUGUAUACUGGAUGAAUGCCUCUGUUAUGUCUUCCAGUGUAAGAACCACAAAACACAACAGAUCUGAACAUGAGUAGGUGCAUCUUAAAAAUGAUGAAAUAUGUACCAGUCUUUUGUGUCUUAUGUAUAAUGGACAGUGUUGACUUGACAGUAAUCAAAAAUCCCAAUUAUUUGAAAGGCAGUUGUGAGCGGAGUAUUUUUUUAUUUGUUUACAUUUUGUCAAGUUCAUCUGAGAUGCAGAGUUGCAUUUUUGCUGUGUUUAAACUCCUAGUUAUGACAUGCUCUUGUUCUUUCAUUUGUCUGCUAAUAUCUGUAGUCUGUGCUCAGACUAAUUUGCUGCUUUUGACAAAUCCGCCUUUCAGAUUUGUUCAUUUUAGUAAAUCACACAGCUCACUGUGUUUCAUGAGCUUGUCCUUAACUGCUGUUCUUCUAAAAUAAGCUAUCAAAUAAACUGUAGGCUCACAUAUGUAAGUUACUUAAAUGACACUUCUGUUAUUUUUUCUCAAAGACCAUUAGAAGUGUUCCAACUGACUGCUAUUACUUGACCUCUGAAUAGUUCUCUUAUCUUUCUGGCAUUCCUACUAGCUAUAACUAGUCAGAAGCAGCAUGAAGAAUUGUGUGAAGCAUACCAGUGCAGGCACGUUAUGUUAAUCCACUGAAAGGACAAGGAAUUUUUCUGUUAUUUUAAUGCACUUGGACUGUUUUAAAAACGUUUCAUUUCGAAUCUCUAGAAAACACGGUGAAUAAUGGACACUUCCACUUUGUUGAGUGAGGAUGGAACAAUAAAAUACCCUUUAAAAGGUGUAACAAAUUUUUUAUUCCACAAGGCUAAUGGCUGUUCAGAACACUGUAGGUAGCUGUGUUCCUUUCCAGAAUGUUUUUUGCAAAGCAUACUUUGUUUUAUACUUUUUGUUUUCCUCUCUACUCAUCUCCAGAGCUGCUGUGUGUACUGAAUAAAAAAGUUUAACAGUUUGGAUAA